AUGAAGAUCCUUGAAGGCCAAAGCAACCUGAUCUCAAACCAUGAGGUCUAUGAGCAUAUUCUGGAGCAACAGAAAAAGAACAGAUCCAAGAACAGAAGAGUGCCUCCCAACCAGUUUACUCUCACUAAAGAUCUCUUGACCUAUCUCCGAACCAAGCCUGGCCCGUUGGCAAACCAGGACCAGACCCAUCAGUACAGCACGGAAGCGUUGUAUGAGCUGUUCAAGAAGCUCCGUGAGGCUAACCUCCAAAGUGACCUCUCGAAGGGCGAGAUGCUCAUGAUCGUCAACCUCCGGCCCACCAACAUUGCAGUUCUUAGCACGGUUGUUGAGGAUAUGUUGGAGCGUUUUACCGAGGACGAGCAGCAAAAGAUCAUCGAAAUCAUUACCGAGACCCUCGGCUCUGACGAACCUGCAGAGGCCGCGGAUGGAGAAGAGUACGAUAAGGACGCAGCACCCUCCAUUGAGAACUCUUGA